GGGGUUUCUUUGAAAGACCGUCAUUUCGCCACUUGAUGGGAGUGACAUGGAGACUCGCGCGGAAGCUCUGCAAUGAUUCACUCUCAUGCCGCAACAAUGAGUAACCAACUCUACAACACCUCUUCAUUGAUCUUCACUGUUGAAGAGAGUAGGAACGACUCUCCCACCCUCACGACUGAGCUGCAGCCGGUCGCUGUCAACCCGUGGGACGUUGUCGUGUGUGUGGCGGGGACGCUGGUGUCUUUCGAGAAUGCGGUAGUCAUCGCCUUAAUAGUUUACACACCCACGCUGCGAGCUCCUAUGUUCGUGCUCAUCGGCAGUCUGGCCUUCGCAGACCUGCUCGCCGGCUUGGGGCUCAUCCUGAAUUUCGUGGUCACCUACAUGCUGGACACGGGGCUGGUGACGCUUCUGUCCGCUGGACUGCUCAUCACCGCGUUCUCUGCCUCCGUGCUCAACAUCUUGGCCAUCACCGUGGACCGGUAUCUGUCGCUCUACAACGCGCUCACCUAUCACACCGAGCGCACGGUGACUUUCACCUACGUCACGCUGAUUCUCAUCUGGCUGACUAGCGCCGCUCUGGGUUCGCUGCCGAUCUUUGGAUGGAACUGCCUGGAGGACGAGGCGAAUUGCAGCAUCUGCCGGCCCAUCAACAAAAACAACGCCGCCGCGCUGGCGGUCUCUUUCCUUCUCGUCUUCGCGCUCAUCCUGCAACUGUACUUACAGAUCUGUAAGAUCGCGUUCCGGCACGCACAACAAAUCGCGGUGCAGCACUUUAUGACUACCUCUCACGCGUCCUCCACCACCAAAGGGGUGUCCACUCUCUCCAUCAUCCUCGGGACGUUUGCACUCUGUUGGAUCCCUUUCGCCAUGUACUCCCUGGUGGCAGACAGCAGGUACCCUGCCAUGUACGCGUAUCUCACCGCGCUCCCUGCCAUUUGCCACUCCUUCAUCAAUCCCAUUAUAUACGCAUUCAGAAACCCAGACAUCCAACGGUCUUUGAGACUCGCCUGUUGUGGAUGCCUGCCCCAUAGUUUCACCAUGCGCCCAAGGACACCAAGUGAUGUGUAGAUAUCUAGCCUGUUCUAAAAAAAAAGAAAACACACACACAUAUACCCUUCAAUGAUCCAUGUAUUGUAACUGGAAACGAGAAUGGAUAGAUCUGAUUAUGAUUCCAACUGCAUUUUAUGGUUAAUAUUUAAUGUAUUUAUGCACCAGAGCCACCUUUUAGUUUUGUACAUUUGCAUACUUUCCAUUGUGCACCAUACAGAAACUGGGAGUUUACUUAGGAAAUAUUACUUGAUUUUAAUGUGCGCUGUCUUCUCGGGGCCCAAGGUAGGCCCAAGGUUUGUGAUGAAUGUAACGUAGACCCACUUUGUUGGUGUAGUUGAUGGUCAGUACACAUAUCACUGUGAAUGGAACUGCACAUCAACUUGCUUUUCUCAUCACACAUAGAUAUUUGA